UGCUGAUUCUCAAAUAGAGUCUUGAGUCUCCACCAUGAAGGUUUCGUUCUUUCUUAUCCUCUUCUUUCUUACUGGAUUUUACGUUUCGCCAUCUUUAAUGCUCGCACUGAUCGGGCUUCUUACUUCACUUGUGCUUGUACUCCUGGCUUUCGUGCUUCUACCUUACUUCACAGAAUUGUUAUCUACCGAUCAUCGCCCACCAGUCAUCGGACCAAUAUCCAAUCAACUCAUACAUUUCCGAACGCUUUACGAUUACAUGACAUCGCACGCUAGAAAGUAUCCCACUUUUCGUUUCAUCACACCUUCACACAGUGAAGUCUAUACUGUUGAUCCUGUGAAUGUUGAGUACAUACUCAAAACCAAUUUCGCAAAUUACACCAAGGGCGAGUACAAUAUCGGUACAAUGAAAGAUCUUUUCGGAAACGGUAUUUUCGCAGUGGACGGAGCUAAAUGGCGCCAUCAACGGAAGCUUGCAAGCUUCGAGUUCUCAACCAAAGUUUUACGCGAUUUCAGUACUGUUACCUUCAAGUCAAACACAGUUAAACUAGUGAAAAAGAUUUCGUUACUAGCGGCUGCUGAGGAAACCAUGAAUAUGCAGGAUUUGUUAAUGAAAUCGACUCUAGAUUCGAUAUUUAAGGUGGGAUUCGGGUUUGAUCUCGAUACUUUGUCAGGGUUAGAUGAAGCUAGUAACCGGUUUAUGAAAGCCUUUGAUGAUUCAAACGGUUUAGUCUAUUGGCGAUUUGUUGAUCUUUCGUGGAGGGUGAAGAGGUUUCUUAAUAUUGGUUCUGAAGCUGCUCUUAAAGACAACAUAAGAAUCAUUGAUAAUUUUGUGUAUGAUUUGAUAAACAAUAAGAGGGAGCAGAUGAAAAAUGGAAAUCUUUAUAGGGAUAAAGAAGAUAUUUUGUCAAGAUUUUUAAUGGAAAGUGAAAAUGAUCCAGAAAAUAUGACCGAUGAGUAUCUAAGAGAUAUAUCACUAAGUUUUGUGAUUGCUGGAAAGGAUACAUCUGCAAACACCCUCACAUGGUUCUUUUACAUGCUUUCCAAGCAUCCAUUUAUUCAAGAAAAGAUUGCAAAAGAGGUUGUAUCCGCCACUGAAGCCAAUGAUCAUACGUCUAUCGAUGAUUUUGCGCUCAAGUUGACUGAAGUCGCGCUUGAGAAAAUGCAUUAUCUUCAUGCGUCGUUGACCGAGACUCUCAGGCUCUACCCUGCAGUUCCUUUGGAUGGUAAGAGUGCAGAAAAAGAUGAUGUUCUUCCGGAUGGAUACAAGAUCAAGAAAGGGGAUGGUGUAGGUUAUAUGGCGUAUCCAAUGGGACGGAUGACAUACAUUUGGGGAGAAGAUGCAGAAGAUUUCAGACCAGAAAGAUGGCUCAAUAAUGGCGUUUUUCAACCCGAAAGUCCUUUCAAGUUCACCGCUUUUCAGGGUGGUCCAAGGAUAUGCUUAGGUAAGGAAUUUGCUUACAGACAAAUGAAGAUAUUAGCUGCAUUUCUUGUUCACUUCUUCAAGUUCAAACUAGUGGAUGAAAGUAAAGAAGCCACGUAUCGAACCAUGUUUACUCUUCACAUAGACGACGGGCUCCAUUUGUAUGCUUUACCUCGUUUCUCACAUGAAUAAUUGACGGUUAUCAUUUCAGUUUUAGCUUAUAACCGUUUGUAUUCCCAAUAUCAUGUUGUUUGUAGUAAUAUACAAGUAAUCGAAGUACAAACGUACAUGUAAGAGCGAUUCAGUUUAGCGUGCCGCAACGCGCGUGGGAUAUAAAACUAGUUGCAUUCAUU